AACUCACGAAAUUCACCACACCAUGUGCAUUAUCAGCUGUUGGCCCAAACACGUUUGUUUACCUUCCUAGAAAAAACUUACUUAUAUUGGAUGGAUAUUUUUGUUUGAAAUGUUUAAAAGGGAUACAAGUCCUUUUGCCUCUUUGGGCUUACGACCAUGGUUGACAAAGCAACUGCAAAAGUUGGGACUCAAAACUUCUACGCCCAUACAGCAAAAUUGCAUUCCAGCAAUACUCAACGGGCGUGAUUGCAUUGGUGCCGCUAAGACUGGCUCCGGCAAAACAUUCGCAUUUGCACUACCUAUUCUAGAAAAACUGAGUGAGGAGCCAACCAGCCAUUUUGCAUUGGUACUAACACCCACACAUGAAUUAGCUUAUCAGAUUUCGGAGCAGUUUUUGGUUGCCGGUCAGCCCAUGGGUGUGCGAGUAUGUGUCGUUUCAGGCGGAACUGAUCAAAUGGUCGAAAGCCAAAAACUCAUGCAACGUCCACAUAUUGUUGUUGCCAUGCCAGGACGACUAGCAGACCAUUUAACUGGUUGUGACACUUUCUCCUUUGAUAAUCUUAAGUAUUUGGUAGUAGAUGAGGCAGAUCGUAUGUUAAAUGGAGAUUUCGACGAAAGUUUAGCUGUAAUUGAACGUUGCUUGCCACAAGAGAGACAAAAUCUUUUCUUCUCGGCGACGAUGAAGGAUUUUAUGAAGGAAUCAAGUAUAUUCCCCAUUGCACAAGAUUGUUUUGAGUGGUCAGAAGAGUCUGAUGUAGCAACGGUUGAUACACUUGAUCAGCGUUAUAUGCUUUGUGCUGACUACGAUCGUGAUAUGGUAUUAAUUGAAGCGCUGCGAAAAUACCGCGAGGACGAUGAAAAUGCAAAUGUCAUGAUUUUCACCAACACAAAGAAAUACUGCCAGUUGCUGUCUAUGACCUUAAAAAAUAUGGGCAUUGAGAAUGUCUGCUUACAUGGAUUUAUGCGUCAGAAGGAACGAGUUGCCGCUUUAAAUCGAUUUAAAUCGAACCAUGUUCGUACCCUCAUCGCUACUGAUGUAGCAGCACGAGGGCUGGACAUUCCGAGUGUACAACUGGUAAUCAAUCAUCGCUUACCACGUACUCCAAAAGAAUAUAUACACCGUGUUGGACGGACAGCACGUGCGGGACGUAAGGGAAUGGCAAUUUCUAUAUUCAGAUUUCCAAGAGACUUGGAAUUGCUUGGAGAGAUAGAAGCAGCGAUAAAUGUUAAACUAACAGAACAUCCUCUUGAUCAACGCAUGGUAGAACGUAUUUUUAUGCAAGUUAAUGUAACGCGGCGUGAAUCGGAAAUUCAGUUGGAUAAUAACGAUUUCGACGAACGUGCGCAGAACUAUAGGCGCAAACAGUGGAUUUUGGAAGGCAAAGAUCCCGAUGCUAUGGAGGAAGCUUUUCGUAAGAAGCAACGAGAUAAAUUACGUGAAGCUCGUCGCCAACGUAAAGAGCGCCAGAAGGAAUGGGCUAAAAAAGAAGCAGCGCUUACGCAAGAUGAACGUUUCAUAACUGUUGAUGCUAAAAGAUUUGAGAAACGUAAAAAAUCCAAGACGCUCAAAGGAAAUGAUGACAAUGGAAAAAAUGGGGAACAAACGACUGGCAAAACAAAUAAAGGAUUACAUUUAGCAAACAAGUCAAAACUAAUAAUUAAAAAAAAAUCGCAUAAGAGUUCAAAACCUUUGAAUAGCAAAAAAAAAACCAUAAAUAAAAAUAAGAAGCAAAGUGCUUAACAUAUUUGAAGUAAUUAAGCUA